AGGAAGGAAAGGAGGAAGCUUUCCUCCUCCCAUUGCUCCCGUCUUGUCGCCUCAUCGCUCGCUCGCUCGCCGUUGCGUCCAAGUCGCCUCCUUCCUCCUCAUCAUCAGAUUCGUCGCACGCGCACGAUGCAGGAAGAUUUUGAUUGGCCAACCAUAGUGCUAUCAACAUCACCAGAAGCAAAAAAUGUUACAUCUAGCUCCAUGAGAAACACUACCAGGAAUGACAUGGUUGUCCAGCGAGGCUUCAUCUCUUCAAACUGGCCAUGGGAUGGCAUGAAAUGUGAAAACAACACCCAAUUUCUGUCUCAUUCUGCAGGAGAUGGAAUGAUAUACAGAAAGGAUAACCAGUUUCCAUCUCAUGCUAACAGGGGUUCAUCGAACUUGGAUUACCAAGAACAGCCUUCAAAGUUCAACUAUGUUACUGACCUUGGAUCACAUGGAUAUUCUAAGGAAGCAAGGACACUGGGAAGAAUAUAUCAUAGGCAGCAGCCUUACUUUUCUACUUCAAGCUGUUCUUAUGAAAAAUCUUCUGCGCUGAAAGUAGUUCCAAGUAGCCCAGAUGCAUCAGGGUCUGUAGUUUGGGAAAUGAGAACCAAAAACAACAACCUCAGUGCAAGGUCAAAUUACCUUUCAUAUCCUACUGAUUUUCGUCACAUGAGAAGGUAUCCAGAUGAAGCUAAAGUUGGUCUUAACCCAGAUGAUGAUUCCAAACAGUACAGAAGAUCUGAUCGAUUUACUGCCUUCUCAAACUUCAAUGGUCAAUCUUCUAAACACCUUCAGACAGCCAAAGGGGCAAACUACAUGGAUGAGACCACUCUGAUCUCACGUCAAUGGUGCUUUGAUAAUAGAGGCUCAUCACCACCAAGAGGGUUGGAGUAUGGCAAUGAGAUACCAUCAUUGUCUUUUAAGAAGUGUAAUGGCCAUGUAGCUCCAUUAUAUCCAAGUAUAUGGGAUUGUGGUGCUGAAACCUCAUCACUGAGACAAUUCAAUGGUGAUGAAAUCCCAUCAUUGUCUCACCAUUGGCACUACCAAGAUAAGAUCUCCUUGCAUUCUGGUCAAUGGUGCCAUGAUGCUGAGGCACAUCAAUUGGCAAGUUACCAGCAAGGGGCUUCUCGUGGAAAUGCCCGUUUAAGAGAGGACAUUUCCAGGGGCGUUAGGAACAAACAAGGUAAAUUUAUCACAAGCAGACAUACUAUGACAAAACCUAGGGCGGCCAACAAGGUUGUAAGCAGUACUGAUCACUACAGGAUUAUUAAGGAUAACCCAUGGAGAAGUUCUGAGGAUAUAAGGGACCAAGUUCGUGGACCCAGGGCAAAUAAACUGAAUGAUUCAACAUCAUCUACCAAGAAUAGUUCCAUGCCUCCUUUGGUCUGCAGAGAUCAAAUUAAUAGACCAGAGUUCACAGUUCAGUACGAACAUGCCAAGUUCUUUAUGAUAAAGUCAUAUAGUGAAGAUGAUGUUCAUAAAUGUAUCAAAUACAAUGUUUGGGCAAGUACUCCAAAUGGUAACAAUAAGCUGGAUGCUGCUUUUCAUGAAGCUCAGAUUUUAAUGAAGGAACAGGGCAAAAGGUGCCCUAUAUUCCUAUUCUUUUCGGUUAAUACCAGUGGGCAGUUUGUAGGAUUAGCUGAGAUGUUAGGUCCUGUUGAUUUCAAGAAGACCAUGGACUUUUGGCAGCAGGAUAAAUGGAAUGGCUUUUUCCCUGUAAGGUGGCACAUUAUAAAGGACAUCCCAAAUUGGGUUUUCAGAGAGAUAUUUCUUGAAAAUAAUGAAGGCAAAGUAGUUACUUUUAGUAGGGACACUCAGGAGAUUGGGCUGCCCCAGGGUCUGGAUAUGUUGAAUAUUUUCAAGGCUUAUCACCAGGGAACAUCAAUUCUGGACGACUUCUAUUUUUACGAAGAAAAGGAAAACAUACGUCGUGCCCAGAAGGGAAGAAAUUUAGAACAAAUCAAUCAAGAUUGGUUCUCUGAUGACUUCAGAUCAAUAUCAGUGGAGAAUUUGGAGGAAAGCAUGCAGAGCUUGAGUUUCUACAGAACUUGGGAUUAACUUAAGAUUGUGACAGUGUGCAUCUAAAAUCAGUAAGUUGUGUAGACAGUGAAGCAGCUGAAGAUUUUGCCCUCUUCUUCCAAACGGGUUAGUCCAAUGAUGGGAUGAUUCACAGAGCAAUACAAACAAUUGUAAUGUUACACGGUAUUUUGUGUAUAACACCACGUAUCAUUGUGGGUUACCUUUAGAACAAGACUUGAACACCCUGAAUCUGAAUGUUUGUAACAGGUCCAUUUGUACUGCCUCGAUACAAUACAUGCGUCUGAUGAAAUUGAGUAGAACAAACAAAAUUCUGUAGGCAAUAAUACCAUCGUCUACGUGAAUAAUCAUUUUGAUGAAUGUGCAUCUCUUAUGCGGGUGAUCUU